AUGGCCGAUGUCGACAUGACUGAUGCGCCUGGCACCGCGAUUGCCAAGAAGGCCGCUGAUGGCGAGACCAAGGUCGCUGACGGCAAGAAGCGCUUCGAGGUCAAGAAGUGGAACGCAGUUGCCCUUUGGGCGUGGGAUAUCGUAGUUGACAACUGCGCCAUCUGCAGAAACCACAUCAUGGAUCUCUGCAUUGAGUGCCAGGCGAACCAGGCCUCAGCUACCAGUGAAGAGUGCACAGUUGCUUGGGGAAUCUGCAACCAUGCGUUUCAUUUCCAUUGCAUCUCGCGUUGGCUCAAGGCCCGGCAAGUCUGUCCGCUGGACAACCGUGACUGGGAAUUCCAGAAGUACGGUCGCUGA